AUGUUUGGAGGUGGGAGUUUGGAACUGGGGGUUGAGGAGAUGUUGGUCAAAGGAUACAAAAUUAUAGUUAGCAAUCAAAAUUAUAAGGGUUGGUGCAAGCAUAGAAAAAUAAAUCAAUUAAAUACAAUAGAUACUCCAAAUGUAAAUCGACUAACUGUGCACGAUGUGCAGUGCAGAAGGGUUUGGAAAGUAGCUGUAUUCCUCAGCGUGGCACUGGGCACUGGUGCUGUUCUCAUAGAUGAUCCUGAAGAUGGACGCAAGCACUGGGUGGUGAUCGUGGCGGGUUCAAAUGGCUGGUAUAAUUACAGGCACCAGGCAGCUGCAUGUCAUGCCUACCAGAUCAUUUACCGGAAUGGGAUUCCAGACGAGCAGAUCAUUGUUAUGAUGUACGAUGACACUGCUCACUCUGAAGGCAAUCCCACUCCAGGAAUUGUGAUCAACAGGCCCAAUGGCACGGAUGUCUAUCAGGGAUUCCCGAAGGACGACUACACUGGAGAAGAUGUUACCCCACAAAAUUUCCUUGCUGUGUUGAGAGGCAAUGCGGAAGCGGUGAAGGGCAUAGGAUCCGGGAAAGUCCUGAAGAGCGGCCCCCAGGAUCAUGUAGUGUUCGUUUACUUCAGUGACCAUGGAUCUACUGGAAUACUGGUUUUUCCCAAUGAAGAUCUUCAUGUAAAGUACCUGAAUGAGACCAUCCAUUACAUGUACAUACAUAAAAUGUACCAAAAGAUGGUGUUCCAUAUUGAAGCCUGUGAGUCUGGGUCCAUGAUGAACCACCUGCCUGGUGACACUAAUGUUUAUGCAACUACUGCUGCCAACCCCAGAGAGUCGUCCUACACCUGUUACUAUGAUGAGAAGAGGUCGACGUACCUGGGGGACUGGUACAGCGCCAACUGGAUGGAAGACUCGGACGUGGAAGAUCUGACUAACCAGACCCUGCACAAGCAGUACCACCUGGUAAAAUCACACACCACUACCAGCCACAUCAUGCAGUACGGAAAAGAAACGAUCUCCAUUAAAGUGAUGCAGUUUCAGAGUAUGAAACACAAAGCCAGUUCUUCUAUCUCCCUGCCUCCAGUCACACACCUUGACCUCACCCCCAGCCCUGAUGUGCUCUUGAUGAUCCUGAAAAGGAAACUGAUGAACACCAACGAUCUGGAGGACUCCAGGCAGCUCACAGAGGAGAUCCAUCGGCAUCUGGAUGCCAGGCACCUCAUUGAGAAGUCAGUGCGCAAGAUCCCCUCCUUGCUGGCAGCGUCCGAGGCUGAGGUGGAGGAGCUCCUGUCUGAGAGAGCCCCGUUCACAGGGCAUAGCUGCUACCUGGAGGCCCUGCUGCACUUCCAGACGUACUGCUUCAACUGGCACUCCCCCAAGUGCGAGUAUGCGUUGAGACAUUUGUACGUGCUGGCCAACCUUUGUGAGAAACCGUAUCCGCUUCACAGGAUAAAAUUGUCCAUGGACCACGUGUGCCUUGGUCGCUACUGAAGAGCUGCCUCCUGGAAGCUUUUCCAAGUGGGAG